AUGUAUUAUAGUGUAAAUGAAUGGAAAAUAAAUAAAUUUAUUCACUCUAUAUUUCCUAAAAAGUCCAUAUUAAUAAUAUUUCUCAUUUUAUAUUUGAGAAACUUAACAAAAAGGAAGUACAACAUCUUAAGGGGUUUACUAGAAUUCGAACAAAUUCUUGGAAGAUGUCCUGAGCAUAAAGCCAAAAAAGGGCAUAAGAAAAUGAAAUUCAGGAAAAGUAAAAAUGAAAAAAAAAAUGAACAACAAGAUGACCUCUUAAAAAAUAAAGAAGAUGACCUCUUAAAAAAUAAAGAAGGUGACCUCUUAAAAAAUAAAGAAGGUGACCUCUUAAAAAAUAAAGGUGACCUCUUAAAAAAUGAAGAAGGUGAUCUCUUAAAAAAUGAAGAAGGUGAUCUCUUAAAAAAUAAAGGUGACCUCAUAAAAAAUAAAGAAGGUGACCUCUUAAAAAGUAAAGAAGGUGACCUCAUAAAAAAUAAAGAAGGUGACCUCAUAAAAAAUAAAGAAGGUGACCUCUUAAAAAGUAAAGAAGGUGACCUCAUAAAAAAUAAAGAAGGUGACCUCUUAAAAAGUAAAGAAGGUGACCUCAUAAAAAAUAAAGAAGGUGACCUCAUAAAAAAUAAAGAAGAUGUUCUCUUAAAUAAAGGUUAUAAUAUAUUGCAAAAUAAAAAUGAUAAUCUCUUGCAAAAUGAAUAUUACAAUCUCUUGCAAAACGAACAGGAUGAUAACCAACUUAAAGGCAAUACCUUAAUUACAACUAAGAAAGAAGAUAAAGGUUGUAUGAAGAAAACACAUGAAAAUAAGGCAGAAUGUGAAAAGAACGAAGAUAAAAAUUGUAUGAAGAAAACACAUGAAAAUAAGGCAGAAUGUGAAAAGAACGAAGAUAAAAAUUGUAUGAAGAAAACACAUGGAAAUAAGGCAGAAGAUGAAAAGAACGAAGAUAUAUUAUUAAUGUCCCCUACAAAAGGAAACAACUUAUGGACAAGAUUAAAAAAAGGUUUUUCAAGAGGUAUGUGUAUGAAUUUUUUAUUAAAUGAUAAUAACGAGAAAAAACUUUCUACGUUGUAUGUAACAAAUAUGUUGAAAAACCAAUUGAAUUCUUAUUAUGGUUCAAAAAAUUCAAAUGAUAAAAAAUUGGAAAAAUCAGAUAAUGAAGGAGGAGAAGAAAAAUAUGAUAAUUCAAAUAAGGAACAGAACAUGAUAUAUAAUUGGAAAAUAGGAAAAGAAUGUUUUAUGAAAAAAUUAGAUAGUGUACAUAAUUUUGAAAUGAAUGGUGUUAAUUAUUAUGAUUUUAAUUUAAUAUCAAUUCCAACUAUUGGUUAUUCUAAAAGUAGUAAAAGACUUCAGUUAAUGUAUAAAACAGAUGUAAUAUAUGGGGAAAAUGAGAAUGACAAAAAUAAUUUAAAAAAAAAAAAAUUAUUUUUGAAAAAAGUUCCUGCAAAUUUAUGGAUUGAACAAUAUAAAUUAAUGAAAGAAUAUGAUGGAGAAUAUGUAUAUAGUGGGGAAAAUUAUGUAAUGGAAUUUUUAGUUUUAUCUUUUCUUGAUACAUAUCACCCUAAUAUAUGUCCUAAGUUGUAUAAAAUAUUAUAUGAGCCUCCAAAUAAAGAAUAUAUUAAAGAUGAAAAUAAGAAAUUUCAGAAUAUAGAUGAUUUUGUAAAAUAUAUGGAAGAUAUUAUAGAACAUAACAAAAGGAACAAUGCAAAUAAUAAUGUUGAUAAUAAUAAUAAUAUACAUAACCAUAAGAAUAACAUAAAUUACUGUAUUACUAAUAGUGAUAAUAAACAUGAUAAUAAUAACAAUGAUAACAAUUCUGAUAAUAACUGUGGAUAUGUUGUAAUGGUAUCCGAAUAUUACGGUGAAGAUAUAUUUGAUUUUAUUAUAAAACGAAGGAAAAAUAUAUUUUUAAAAAUCCGAAGAAAAGAUAAAAUCAAUAUUCUUCAUGCUUGUUUAAAGUUAUUAGCAAGAUUACAUGAUGCUGGAUUAUGUCAUCUUGAUUUAACACCUGAUAAUAUAUUAAUAUCAAAAAGUAUGGAUUUACGUUUAUGUGAUUUUGCGAAAAGCACUCCAAUGUAUAGCAAUAAACUAAGACAUUUAAAAGAAUCUGAAGAUUCGUAUAAAUUUGAGUCUUAUGAAACGCAUGUAGCAAAAAGUGCAUAUACACCACCUGAGUGUUGGGAAAUAUAUUGGAGAUAUUAUGAAUUAAAAAUUAAAGAACCCUUGGAAUAUUUAAAAUUAAUUACAAACCAAGAAGAAAGGAAACAAUUUUAUUUUGACGUUGCUUGUGCUGACAAAUUUAUGUUAGGGGUUCUAUUCAUAUGGAUCUGGACUAGUGGUAAUUUAUGGGUUUGUUCAGAUCCUUUACAAGAUGAUUAUUUUCAUUGUCUUAUGAAAUCAGAUAUGAAUUUUAAUAAUUUCCCGUGUUCACAAAAUUGGCCUCAUGGCCUUAAGCACAUCAUAAAGCAAUUGUUACACAUGAAAUACAGAAAAGAUUUGAAUUUAAAUAUUUUAGGCAUUCAUCCGUGGUGGUACAAAAAAAAGUAA